GCUUCGUAGCAAUGUUGGGUUGUGGUGGUCAAGGAGCGUUGGGAAGUCUCGGAACUCUGCGGCGGCUAUGGCGUUGCCGUCCCCCGAUUGCGAGUAGUGGAAAGGGUAAUCGCGGAUCGUCCAGCAUUGAAAAUUGUGUUAAGCGGAGGAAAAGUGAUGUAGCAACCUGAUAAUCAACCUGGUGAGAGGGAGCAGAAAAAAUACAAGAGUAUUUUGUAGGUUAUGCGCAAAGAAAACAAUUGCAAAAAGAGGGGAACAAAUCUGGCCAUGGCAGACACGCUGACGCUCGCGGAUCAAUUCUCGCUGUAUCAGUAUCGGCCGAGGCAGCGGCCGCGGAAAGGAAAUGGUUCCAAUUCGCCUGCGCCUUCGCUGAAGGAUUGCGAUCAUUUGUCAUUCAGUGUUGCUAUUGAUGUCGUUAUCUUGGUUUUGGUGCUGGGAGCUUGCGGAUUUCUCUUCACGCCGUAUGUGAAGUUUGUUGCUGCUGAGGCAGCGGAAGUGGUGCCUGCUGCUUUGUUUCUCAUUGGGGAGGUGGUGAUCCAAGCCCCCGUGGCAUACGCUGGUGCGACCGUGUUCAUGUUUGUGGCUGUGCUUGCGAGCUACGAAAUUUGGUUGUAUUUGAACCGGAAGUGUGAUAAUCCUAAUUGCCGAGGGUUGCGGAAUGCUGUGGCGCUCGAUAUUCAAUUGGAGACGGAGGAAUGUGUGAAACUGUCGGGAGCUAAGGAGCUGGCGCCGUGGAAUGGUGAAGGAGGCAUAGGGCUGAAACAUGAGCAAAAAGAGUUAGAGGCUGAGCUACGCAAAAUGGCGCCACCAAACGGUCGAACGGUGCUCAUUUUUCGAGCGCCUUGUGGAUGUCCUGCGGCGCGAUUCGAGGUUUCGGGUUGUAAGAAAACUCGGAAGUCCAAGAAAUGACGAGGACCUUAGCAUAGAAUGGAGCAAGCUGCAGUGCGCGGCACCUAGGCACCACAUCAUAGCACUGACAGUUCGAAUACAUAGCCAUUGCGCACCGCUAUAAAUACUAAUUGACCCCUACAGAAUGCGCCAAACUUCCAGUCGAUAUUCUUCAUCUAGGUGGCGAAAUCUUUUGGUGGUUUCGAGAGCUGUCAGCUCUUCAUCAAUGGAGAGAACAGACACGGACUACUAAAUUACAGCAACCAGAUAUCUAUUCUUUAGAAAGUGAGAAUUCUCAAGCUGUGCUGGCUGGAGUUCUUCACUUAGUUGACAGCAAGAGGUGGAUAGUUCCUAGUUUUCUACAAAUUCACAACAUUACCUAUGUAUGUUCAGCCUUUAUCAGGCUGCGCUUUCUGCAAGUCAGCCAAUUAUAUGAAUGACAACAUAUUUGAUCGCUUACCUGUUUCACAUA